AUGGCGGGUUCGACGACGAUGAAACCAACGUUGAAAGUUGCGGUAUACGACGACUCCAUGUCAUGGAAUAAUACCACCCCUAGGAAACAAAGCGACUCAAACCUUGUUGGCAAUGCCAAGUCAUCCGAUAUCCUCCUACUCCACAAAAGGGAAAUCUCCGGAACAGUUGGACAGGUGCAGGGAUUCCGCGUUGUUUUGCCUCCCACCCUGCAGAGGCCGGAUGGGCUUAACGCCGAUUUGUGGGUCAGAGAGGCCUCUUUCUUCCGGGUACGACCGCGACAAAUCGAGCCAAAAUUUGAGUUUACCACCUCCAUGCCCGUCUCUUUGACCAGCUCUGACUCCGCCGCCGUCAUGGGCUUCAAAGGUGGUAGCUCAGUCUUUUUGCCCAUCGUGGAGGGCAAGUUCCGACCAUAUUUCAAUCGAUGA